UGGGAGCCGAUACAAAGACAAACUCCACGAACAUAACUGGGACUGGGCCGGCUGAACGAUAAACAAAUCCUAAGAAUAAUGAACAGGCAUCCACUGCUGGUGUAAUGAUGACAGUGAUGGUUGCUACAUCACGUGAGCGUCGAGGACAGGAAUCCACGUUCUCCUAAACCUUGGAUGAGGAGACAAAAAAACAAUAGCCUCAGUUCUCUCUCCACAGCUGAUCAUAGAGACGUCUGCUGGCCGGCAGCUUGUCCUCAGAAUUACGGCUAGUAUUACACAACAGGAGAGGCCAUGGCAUCACAGCAAGGUGUUCGGGUGCUGUCCAUCCAGAGCCAUGUUGUGUCAGGCUACGUAGGCAACAAGAGUGCGUGCUUUCCCCUUCAGGUGCUUGGCUUUGAGGUGGACACCAUCAACUCUGUGCAGUUCUCUAAUCACACCGGUUACCAACACUUCAAGGGCCAGGUGCUGGAUGAUGCACAGCUUGGUGAUCUCAUUGAGGGCCUGCAAACCAAUAGCAUUGACCACUACACCCACUUGCUGACUGGCUACAUUGGCUCUUCUUCAUUCCUGCAGAAGGUGAAGAGUGUUGUGGAGCACCUCAAGACUGUCAACCCCAACCUGAUCUAUGUGUGUGACCCAGUGAUGGGAGAUAAUGGCAAGAUGUACGUCCCUGAGGAGUUGCUGCCUGUGUACCGUGAGCAGAUUGUGCCCCUGGCAGACAUCAUCACCCCAAAUCAGUAUGAGGCAGAACUCCUGAGUGGGCAGAAGAUAGAGAGCAAGGCCGAUGCAGCAGCUGUGUUGGAAUGGUUCCACAGGCAGGGAGUGAAGACUGUUGUUCUGUCAAGCACCGACCUUGGCACUCAGGAGGAGCUGGUGGUGUUGGCUUCAUCCAUCACCAAUGGCUCCAAGGAAAAGUUCAAUGCACACAUUCCUCGCCUGCCAGCCAACUUCACCGGCACUGGCGACCUGUUUGCAGCACUGCUGUUGGCUUGGUCACACCACACAAACAAUGACCUCAAGCGGUCAGUGGAGGCCACCUUGGACACCAUGCAGGCCAUCCUCCACCGUACACUGGCCAAGGGCAGGGAGGAGGCAGGCCCUGGCCAGCCACUCACCGUGCGCCACCUGGAGCUUAAGCUGGUGCAGAGCCUUGAGGACAUCCGCAGCCCUGCCUCAAAGGUCACUGCCACCCCACUCCUCUCCUAGCCUUGCCCACACACACUGCAACCACUAAUGCACAUACAGGCAGCUUGAAGCUAUAAAUGUACACUUAGCAUAACACUAGAGUUUAUACUGAGAAAAAAAUUUAAAAUACCAGAUAAUAUAUAUUAAUAAAGAGAUUUUUAAACACU